AUGCCGCUCAACAACCAGCCUCGCGACGCCGUCGAAGCCGCCCUCGACCUCUUCUUCCGCGCGCGCCACGACCCUUCAAUACAGCCAUCCGCCUGGGACGACCUCGUCGCCACGUUCUCUGAACAGCAACAUGCGCAACUUGAGGAUGCAACAAGCGUGCUGCGACGCAAUUGGCCGAGGCAUGUACCUUAUCCUAACCUAGUUGGCUUUGUGAGGUGGCAGGUGGAGAAGGCGGAGAGGAGGGACAAGGAGCUGGAUAGGAGGGAGAAGGAGGAUAAGAGGAGGGAGAAGGAGGAUAAGAGGAGGGAGAAGGAGGAUGAGAGGAGGAGGGAGGAGGAUGAGAGGAGGGAGGAGGAGGAUAUGAGGAGGGAGAAGGAGGUGAGGGAGGAGGAGGAGGGUAGAGCGAUGUCGGAGAACGAAGAGGAGUAA